AUGAAAAAUCAAUUAACGAAUAUAUGAACUGCAUCAUGAAUGUUCAAGAAAUAAUUCAAGCAAACAAAAAUGAUGCUAAUCAAUGUAUAUUACUUGGAGACUUCAAUGCACACAUAGAAGGUUACUUAUCAGAUAUAAAUGAUUUAGCUGGAAAAAUAUUUAUCAAAUUUGUUAGAGACAAUGGUUUUUACACAUAUAUAAAUGAAACUUCUAUAUCAACUUUCAGAGGAAAUAAUAGACACACUAUUAUCGAUUAUAUUAUUUCAGAAACCCUAUCAAAGAUUAAAUACAUAGAAGUUCCACAAUUAAACACCAAUCACGUAUUAUUACUAUCUCAUAUAAAAAGUGUCCAGAUAAUACCAAAGCAAAUAUCCGUGAUUCCAUGAUAUAAAUUAGAAGGCAAGGAAUUAGAAGCGUUCCAACACAGAAUCUGAAUCAAUUUCCAGAAUAAAGGAAUCUACAAAACUCUUGAUCCUUUAGCAAUAUUUAAUAACAUCAAAUCAACAAUUGAUGAAGAAUCAAAAUACCUACUAAAACAUUUAAAACCAGACCAUUUUAGAACCCCAGAAAUGAAAAUCUUAUUAAAUAGAAUAAAUGACUCGAGGAAAUGAAUAAAAUUUUGCUGAACGCAAAAUAAUAGAGAACUUGCUAACAAACUACAAAAGGUAAAAAAGGCAUGAAUAAAUAAACUAAAAAGACUAUCUAACUAUGAAAAAAUCAGUGAAAGCAGAUUGAAAGAAUGUAUGCAAGAUCCAUAUGGAGCCUGAAACAAAAUAAAACGUCAGAUGAAUAAAAAUAGAAUCGCAUUAUCAUUAAACACAGAAGAGAUUAAAGCUUGAGCAACAGAAUUUGAAAAUCAAUUUAAAAGUAAAAUAGAAUUCAUACCACAAAAGGGAUGCUCAAAAGAAGAACUAUGAGAUUUCCAAGAUAUCCAGAAAAUCAUUAAAAAAUUACCAAACAAAAAAGCUCCUGGACCAGACAAUAUAAGAAAUGAAAUAAUAAAGAAAGGUGGAGAUAUAAUGGCAGAAGCAAUUACACAUUUCCUUAAUAGUUGCAAAUUAAAUGGAAUCCCAGACAAAGCCAAUGAAGCAAAAACAAUCCUUAUAUACAAAGGAAAAGGUAAUCCGAAGGAACUUAAUAGCUAUAGACACAUAACCUUAAUGAAUAAUUUUAUGAAGAUUCUUGACAAAGCAGAACUAAAAAGAAUUGAAAAUACGGUUAAUAUCUCAGAAAGACAACAUGGAUUCACAAAAGGAAAGUCAUGCAUGACUCAGAUUUUUCUCUUAAAAUCUACACUGGAAUAUCGUAAGUAUUACAGGAUUGGAAAAGGUAGAGACUCAUAUAUAUUAUUUGUUGAUUUCUCAAAAGCUUAUGACUCAGUUAAUAGAAUUAGACUAUUAGAGAAAAUUAAAGCAAAAAAUAUAAAAAAUGAUAGCUGAAAAAUAAUCUCGCAAAUGCUAAAAGGUGAACAAACUACACUUGUCAUAAAUGGGAUUGAAACAGAAAAAAUAAACAUAACAAGAGGUGUGAGACAAGGAAGUGCAAUAUCACCAUUGUUAUUUAAUAUAUAUAUAGAUGAUAUAGAAAAGGAAAAUAAUGACAUCAAUAUAGAACUCCUCCCCAAUCACCAAUUAAAAUCAAAAAUCAAUUUUCAAUAUGCGGAUGAUACAGCUUUUGUAAUAGAAGAUUGAAAAGACAUUGAAAACAUUUUAAAUAAACUUGAUAAAUGAUCAAAAGAUAAUGAUAUGAACUUGAAUAUAGGACCGGAAAAAACAGCAAUAAUGCCAAUCAUAACAAAAAAUAGGAAAAAUAUUAUAAGUAAACUACCUAAAAUAUCAUACCAAAAUCAUGAAAUACCAGUUGUUGAAAAAUAUAAAUAUUUAGGCAAAAUAAUGAAUGGAAAUAUAAGAGGUACAGGAUUCGACCAAGCGCAUUAUAAAUACCUCAAAGAUAAAGCAAAAAUAUCUACUUGCUCUCUAAUCCCUAUGAUUAGAAGAAUGCUUAACAUCCCAAGUAAAACUCUUAUAAACUGCUUCAAAGCAAUAUUCUUACCAAGAUGCACAUAUGGUCUUGAAAUAUGCUCAAGAAUUAAAUGCAAAACUGCAAUUAAACAAAUUCAAAGAUCAUUCAAUAAGAUUAUAAGAGAAUGUUGCCAUGUUUAUGACAAAACACCUAUUGAGCCCAUAUUACUUGAUUUAAAUAUUCCAACAAUACAACAAUAUAUUGACCAAAAAUUAUUGAUAUUUUUACAAAAAAUUUUUGAAUUAACACAUAUAUCUGAGAUUGCAACCCAUUUCCUAACUCCCCCCCCCCCCCUCCGUGAGCGAACAAAAAAAUUUUGUUCACUCACGGAGGGGGGGUUAAUUUUUUUUUUUAAAAAAAAUUUAUAUAUAUAAAUUUAUAUAAAAAAUUUUUUUUUCGAAAUUUAAAAAAAAUCCUAAUUUGCAAAAAUUGGGAAGCAAAUAUUAAUUUAAUUUGCAAAAUUAUGUUUUAAAAACGCAAUUUGUUUAAAAUUAAACAGAAUUAGCUCUAGAUUUCAUUAUACUAAUUAUCACUUAUAUAUCAAAAUUUUUUUCCAUUAAAAUUUUUUCUAUUAAAAAAAUUUUUGUUCGCUCACGGAGGGUGGGUUUUUGGUCAAAAAAUGGUGAUUUUUCUAAUGGUUUUGUUCGCGCUCACGGAGGGGGGGGGGGGAGUAAGAAAUUUCGAUAAUGCAAUUACACCGACAAUGAAAAUCUACCAAGAGUUGCUUCAAAAAUAUAAUUUUACAAAACCAUUCGAUUUUAAUAACAACAUGAUUAGCUGAAAUGACAAAAAUUGAAAAGGAAAUGUCAAAGAUAAACUCAAAAUCUAUUGAAGAAACGAAAACAUGAGCAUAAUAAAUAAAAAAGUAACAUAA